AUGUCUGACGAUGACAGGUCUAGUUUCCAGGUGAUGAAACAGGAAAUGAACGAAGUUUCUAUUCAAUUAACACGGGGUUCAAUUGUUGAGAUAACAAGCGAUGUUAAGCAUUGGAAAAAUUGUACCAAAGAAAGAAUAUUUGUGGACGAUGGGUACACCUUGUCUACUGUGACGCCUGGAACUGAGAUCACAAUUGGCAAAACGAGGCAUGUUUGCUUGGAAGUAGUGGAUGAAAUGACAUUAAAAUGUAAAGUGAUUGUAGGAGGCAGAGUAAGUGGCAACGAAUACGUUAAAUUCCGUGGAACUCUCUACAAAAGACCACCGUUGACUAAAUUUGACCUGCAACUUCUUGAAUUCGCAAGAGAAUUUAAGUUGGAUAUUUUAAUUAUCUUUGGUGUUCGACGUCCUCAUCUUAUACAAAGAGUUAAGAAACUGACGCAAGAUUUCAAACCUCUGAUACUAAGCACCAUUUGCGACCAAGAAGGCUUAGAUAAUAUUGACGAUAUUAUUGCGGUUACAGAUGGAAUAAUGUUGGCUCGAGAAUUUCUUACCGAUAAUUUAAUGAAUAGAUAUUCAUUGCCAGCUAUACAGUUACAAGUUUGUGGAAAGUGCAAAGUGGCUGGGAAGCCCUUCUAUGUAUCGGGCGAUAUUUUAGAACAGACACUGACAGUCGGGACCGUAUCGGCGUGCGACAUAUCAGAUAUUACCAACGCAAUCUCCCAAGGAGCAGGUUUAAUACUUCGGAAUUAUACUGAAGCAUCGAAUGCUGUGAGAGCUGUAAAGAUCCUGGACUCUGUUUGCAAGUCAAUUGAGUCCGCUGAGAGAGGAAUAGAUGAGUUUUGGAGGAACAUUGACUUGAAUCCCGUACCACAGAACGCAGCGGUAGCAUGCGUGGCAGCAUGUGCAGCACUGGCGAGACAGUCUUCUUCCAAAGUGGUGAUCAUAGUAACGGUCACGGGAAAGACCGCCAUACAACUAUCCCAAGUCGCCUCUUCGGCCUUAACUAUAGCUAUCUCCAAAAUUCCAGCCGUGACAAGAAAGCUACAAAUGUACAGAGGAAUUCACACUAUUAUGUAUGACAAACCACCGGUGGGUAAUUGGAAUGACGAAAUUGAGGCUCGAAUAAAUUUUGCUGUCCAUUAUGCUGUUAAGAAGGACAUACUGGAUUACAACGACAAUUAUGUCACUCUCAGGAAAUCUGAGCCAACUAGUUCAUACUGUGACAAUGUGGGCCUUUGGAAGGUGACGUCAUCUAAACGGAAUGAGAAUCUAUGUGCUGAACUUGAACCAUCGUGCCCAAGAGGCAAGAUAUCGUCCGUCACACCCGCACCUGGAUCUUGUACAUAA